AUGGGCCGUUUCAGGCCCACGCUGGUGCAGCGGAUGCUCCGGUUCGUGGACCAUGACGCAUUCCAGCAGCCCAAGGCGUGGUCGACCCUGGCACAGUACCGCACUGCAGAGUUGAUGGUGCAGCAUCCGCGGCCCCCCGCGAUGGAGUUCACGCACAACACGUUCUACACUGAGCUGUUCAGGCGCUACCCCGAGGUGCGGAUGGCGCCCCACGCCCUCAACCUGCCGCACCCCUCCCUGGCGCGCCGCUUCGUCAGCCGGCAGCUGAAGCUCAUGCGCGGCGGCAUGGACAGGGGCGCCGCGUUCAAGGCAGUGGAGGGGGAGAUGCGCAGCGAGCUCGCAGCGCUGACGCACGAGUCCAAAGCGGGCGGGUUUGUCGGCUACAUCCAGGCGCAGGAGGAGACCACGCUGCAGCAGGCGGUGCGCGCGCUGGUGAAGCGGCAGAGGAUGAUGGGCCAGAAGUGA